CAUUAAACAUGGAAAGCUCUCGACUAGUUUCGAUCAUCUUCUUCGUCUACACAACAAUCUUCUCGAUCGAUACAAUCAACUGCAGAGACAACAAUAAUCUUGUAACAAACCAAGCUGCUUUGUUCGUGUUCGGAGAUUCUCUUUUCGAUGCCGGAAACAACAACUACAUCGAUACUGUCUCAAGUUUCCGGUCUAACAUAUGGCCGUACGGUCGAACCACUUUCAAAUACCCUACCGGAAGACUCUCCGACGGACGUUUGAUUCCUGAUUUCAUCGCCGAGAACGCAUGGUUACCGUUGAUCCCGCCAAAUCUGCAACCAAGCAACGGUAACAAUCAAUUUACAUAUGGAGUAAGUUUUGCUUCUGCUGGCGCCGGAGCUUUGGUCGGAACCUUGCCUGGAAUGGUGAUAAAUUUGGGAACACAGUUAAACAACUUCAAAGAUGUUGAAAAGAGUUUGAGAUCUGAACUAGGAGAUGCAGAGACCAAAAGCGUUUUCUCAAGAGCUGUUUAUCUGUUUCAUAUUGGCGGCAACGACUACUUUUAUCCUUUCUCAGCAAACUCCUCAACUUUCCAAUCCAAUUCCAAAGAGAAAUUUGUCGAUUUUGUUAUCGGUAACACGACAUCCGUGGUCGAGGAAUUGUAUAGAAUGGGAGGAAGGAAGUUUGGAUUCUUGAACAUGGGAGCGUACCAUUGUGCACCAAAUUCAUUGAUAAGAGACCAAACAAAGAUAGGAACUUGUUUCAAGCCUGCCGCUGAGCUUAUCGAUAUGCAUAACAAGAAGUUUCCGGAUGUUUUAAGGCGGCUACAACAUGAACUAUCCGGAUUUAGAUAUGCUCUUCACGACUAUCACACUUCUCUUUUCGAGAGAAUCAACAACCCUUCGAAAUACGGGUUUAAGGAAGGGAAGAAGGCGUGUUGUGGGAGCGGACCAUUGAGAGGAAUCAAUACGUGUGGAAACCGAAUGGGACCGUCGAAAGGUUACGAGCUAUGCGAAAACGUUACUGAUUAUUUGUUCUUUGAUCCCUCUCAUUUGACGGAAAAGGCUCAUCGACAAAUCGCAGAGCUGAUAUGGAGUGGACCGCCUAAUGUCACUGGACCUUAUAAUCUCAAAGCCUUAUUUGAACUUAGGCUUACAUAAAAUUCGCCUAUAUGUGUGUAUAUGAAAAUAAUUGACUAGUUUGGUUAUAUCUUCUUGUAUAAUCAUCUUAGUCAUUAAGUAAUGUACUUUUUGUGUCUAAUUAGGAGAAAAUAAAUAUAAUUGUUUGUGAUACGUGAACAGUAA